AUUCAAUCCAUUACCAUAAGGAGAAGCUACUACUAACCAAAACAUGGAAGCCAAAGAGGCAAGAGCUAAUGGCAUGCAGUUAGAUGAAGAUUUUGAUCAGAUUCUUCAGAUUGAUCUCAACGGUUUUAAAAGGGAGCAGCUUAAGGUCAAAACAAAGAGAGGGAUCCUAACAAUAUUUGGAGAAAGACCAUUGAGUGCAUCAAACUAUAAAUUAAAAUGUUUUAGGAAGGAAUUCAAGCUUUCUAAAGAUUGUGAUGUGACUGAAAUUCGCGCAAAUUUUUCUGGUGACGUUCUUUCAAUAGUACUGCCUAAAAAGCUUGAAUCACUGGAAAAACAAACAGGUAAUAAAAAUAAGAAUUCAAUUUGGGGAGUGAAGAUAAGAAAGGGAACAGCUAUUAAGGUUGCAACGAUGGUGGUGAUUUUGGUGGUGAUGACUUCAAUUGGUAAUCAAAUAGCUCAAUUAGUAAAUAGACACCCUCGUCAUAACAAGGAUGAUACUAAGAUUAUUUCAAAUUCUCAUGCAAUAUGUUAA